GAACCAGGCACUGUACUUCGACGGGAUGGACGACUAUGUAGAGCUUCCUUCGAUUCUUACACUGGAGCUGCAUGACAGCUUCACAAUAGAAGCCUGGAUCCGGCUGGGUGGAGAGGUGACGACCUCAAAGAUGCCUAUCAUCUGUACCAUGGACAGCAGGCUGUGCUUGUUUUUACAGGACAGGUAUCUAGGUGGCCAACUGGGUGAUGACGUCAUACAGGGCUCGACUGAAUUCCAGGAAAACACCUGGAGUCACGUGACGAUGCUGUUUGACGCACAACAGUACACCCUCUCUCUGUACAUUAACGGUACACAGGAGACCACACAGUCUGGCAUCUUGCCGUUAGAUUGGUCAAACAACGAUACCAACUUGUACAUCGCAAGGGACAGGGACGAGAAUUUCAAUGGCACUCUAGAUGAGGUACGUUUAUAUGGCUUGAAGCUUCUUGAAGAGGAGAUUAUAGAAGACCUGCAGACAUCAGGCAGAGAGAGGCAGUAUCUUCGUCGCUUCCUGAACGCACACUUCAACAUGGACACCGAAGGAACAAACGCAACCUCCCUGUUAGACAGUGGUUUGUUCCAGCACCACGGUAUGAUGGUCGGCAGUCCGCUGUUCGUCCCCAGCACAGUGGACCAGGCCAGGUUUCAGCUGACUUUCCCAAGCGCCAGGCGGAGAAGACGGAGGGAUGUUUCGUACUCAGAAACAAACCAUACUGAAUUGUAGAUGUUCUCAUUUGUGUACAUAUGCAAUUAUUUUGAAUUAAGACCAAUCUGGACCCAAUUCCUUCCAUUUCUAUUUACCCAUUUGAAGACUGGGGAAUCAUAGAAUUUCUUAUGACAUGGACAUGGAUAGAUGCUGAAUAUUUUCAUAAAUGAAUGACGUAAAAAGAUUUUGAGAUUUCUCAAAAAGAUGAGGUGAUGCAUAGGAUAUAUUUUUAUGAAAUUAUUGUAUAAAAUUAUUGAAUUUCGCUUAACUUCUAACGUUGGGUCUGAGAUCCUAGAUAUUUUCAGUAUUUGUAAAUACAUACUGUAUAUAAAAUUUUGAUUUCAAGGAAUGUAACAAAUGUAGACAUAUGCAUAGCAAAUGUACAGAAAACAAAACACAAUUCUGACAAAAUGUCAGAGUGUCGCAAGUAUUCUAUCAUAAGUUAUCAACAGUGAUGUGUCAUUGUGUUGUGCACAAUUUAAUAUAUUCAGAAUACUCUAUCAAGAAGAACUCUAUAUUGCACUAUUUGAUCUGUGCCUUCCGUGAGAAUAUCUCUAAAACUAUUACCUACAACUGAACUGUGUAUGUGUGUAGGCAGCUAUUCUAUCCUGUUAAAAUCAAGUGCACUGGCUAACACUCGUCCGCAGAGACACCUAGAGAAAUUCUAGGAAACUACAUUAAAAAGCAGUACAGCGAACGCCACUUAUGCCAUUUAUACAUAUAUUCUAUUGGUUAUGUAUUGCCUUGUUUUGAUCCUAUAUGUUGGAACUGUCUGUAAAAAGCGGGACAAUUCACCUUUGCUAGUCUGUGCUGCAAUGCUGAUUUGCUACGUUCUAUUAUUGAAUAAACUACUGCAACUAUCAACGCUGCUAAAAGGACAUGA